AUGAGCACCUACCACCACGCCGUAGAGCGCACGAUCUAUGUGGGGAACAUAGGUCGCGGCGUGACGGAGCAGGCCCUGCUGGCCCUUUUCGGGCACUGCGGAACGGUGACCCAAAUACGGCUGGCCGGUGACCCGUCCUUCGAAACCCGAUAUGCUUUCAUUGAGUUUGGCCACCCGGAUGAGGUCCGGACGGCACUGCUGCUGGAUGGCAUGCAGGUCUACGAACGGUCCAUUCGUGUCAGCCCAGCAAGGGGGGGCGGGCCCCUGAGGAACAAUGAUCCCGACAGGGUCAACAAGACCAUACAUGUUGCAGGCAUCCCCAUGGAGGACAUAGAGGAGGACGUCCUUGCAGAAUUCUUCUCACACUGUGGGGAGGUGGUGGCUGUCAGAAAAAGCGGCCGCUUUGCUUGGGUUGAGUUCGCGACAACGCCUGGAAUGCAGGCGGCCCUGAGCCUCGACGGGGAGCCCCUGGGCAACAGCAACAUGAAAGUGCAGCAGUCACGGACUCCAAUAAUGAAUGCUGGCUGGAGGGCUCCGCCCAAGGACCCAGGCAGGCAAUCCUCAUUUCAGUCAUCACCAGCUGCGCCGGAGGCAGCGCCAGAGAGCGCCUAUGCAGGGCAUUAUCCAUAUGCAGAGCAAAGCUAUGGCGCUGGCGGCUAUGGCAAUGGGUACACAGGCAGCUGCGGGCAGUCUUCAGGGGAUGCUUACGGGCACAGCAUGCCACCUCCCGCUGGGCCCCGCCCCACUGCGGCCCCUCCACAUGCGUACCCGCCACCCCACUCCCUUGGCCCAGGGUUGCCCUACCCGGUGCCACCGCAGGCGCCCAUGGUGGGGGGCCACCCUUCCGUGCCUCCGCCCGAGAGGGGCAUUGCAGGGGCCUCGCAAGGUAGGUAG